UAAUAUAAUAAGUAAACGUACUUAUCACGUAAAUCUUUCACUUGGGCAAGAGCGUCUAUAUAGAAUUUAUAAUUUAAAAUGGAAAACGUAGCGAUAAAAGUUGAAAGCAAUCAAAUGAGUGGGGCGAAUCAUACAUCACAAAUGAUUACAAAUGCUAGUAAUCCUAUACUAUUACAAACUUUGCCACAGCAAAUAUCAUCAGGACCUAAUGGACAACAAACUUUUCAACUAUUACCCAUUACUGGUGGAAGUCAAGUAGUACUAUCACCUCAAUCCUCAAAUCAAAAUCAAUUACAAUCACAUUUAAUACAAAUGCCAGAUGGACAAACGUAUCUGUAUCCUAUGAUUCAUCAAAUGCCAGAGUCCGUGCAACCAACUGUUCAAGCUCCACAAUUUAUAAAUUUAAAUGGUCAGCUGAUUCAAAUCAAUGGGAGUUCAAUUGGGACAGCACAAGCACAAGGUCAGUCGCAAAUGGUUCCGCAACAACAAAGUCAUCAAAACAAUCAGAUGGCAUCCCAACUUUUAGUACAAUUAAGACAAGACACCAACGAAAAUUCAACAUCUCAACCAACACAAGACAUUUUUCAAUCAUUAACUCAACAAACAAAUGCAUCGAUUCAAGAAACAGAUGAGGAACCUUUGUAUGUCAAUGCAAAACAGUACAAAAGAAUCUUGAAAAGGCGUGCUGCUCGAGCUAAAUUAGAAGCACAAGGCAAGAUACCAAAAGAACGUCCAAAAUAUUUACACGAAUCCAGACACCGACAUGCAAUGAAUCGAGUACGAGGAGAGGGAGGACGAUUUCAUUCUGGUUCUUCUAAAGGAAAACAGAAUUGUUAUUCAACAUCAUAAUAAAAACAAAUACUAUAUUUUUUCUUUCAACUAAACUUUCUUUUGUAAAUUCAAGAAAAUGACACAAAAUAUAACUUUACUCUUUUUGUACAACCUAUAUAUUUUCAGUAAAUAUUUUUUGUUUGAGUUCUCUGAAUAAAUUGUCGUUUGGCUAAUA